CAUCUUCCCUUCUCGCAACUUUUCUUCCCACCCCACGGCGAGACCAUUACGGCCAGGUCGCCAGAACCUAUGGCCAAUAACACCGCAGUGCAGAAUACAAGUCCCAAGGGGGGAGCUGCGAAGAGAAAGGUCGAUGACGUCUUCUCGAGUAAUGCUAAAGGAGAGGAAAAGGAGAAUGAGCGGGCAGAGAAGAGGCAGGUUGUACAAGCACCGCGCUCUUCACUAGUCGAGAUCAAAAACAAAAAGAUUGUCUUUCAGCAAGCGCCCCACAACCGCAUUCUUCCUAGAAGAAAGCUCAUCAAUCUCGAGACGUACCUGCUCGACCAGGUGGAGGAACAAAAACAAGUCACAGAGAUUCCCGAGGAACACUGGUCCAUCAUCGCCAUGGCCGGGCACGAACUGACUGGUGCUACUGAAGGCAUCUUUUUGAAGCAGCUCAAAACCGCUCUCAACAUCCCGACCGAUCAAGACCUUUUGCCCAACUCGGUCCUGACACCAUUGAUACGCCAACUCUUCGCCCUCCACCAAUACGGGUUCCUCCCUUCCGACUUUCCUCCCCCCCCUCCCCGUCUCCCUGCGCACCUCCAAAUACGUUGUUGGCAAGUUGUCGACCUCCCCAAAUACUUUCCUUCAGAACAGCUCGAAUUGCUUCGGACGCGCCAGGAAGAGCGAGAAAAGGCGAGAGAAGAAUGUAUCGGGAUCAUGACAAGCUUGGAUGACGUGGAAAAGCACGAGCUGUUGGGGAAGAAAGACGAUAAGGAUAAAGAGACGCCGGCGAAGGUGGCUGCGGUACCGAAAGAGAAGCCGACGUCGGCAAUCUUUAGUCGUGCGAGCGAGGGGCCAGAGGAAGCUGGAUCUUCGAUCAGGGGGUCGUCCCCUGUCAAGAUCGAAAGCGCAUCUUCGCCUAUCAAACCUGGAAAGACGCCCGAGGAGAUUGAAGCUGCCAAGGCCAAGAGACAGGAGAGAGAAGAGAAGAAGGCUGUGUUGGCUGAAAAGAAGGCAGCGAAGGACAAGGAAGCCAAGAAAAAGGAAGAAGCCACUGCCAAACAAGCUAAGAAGAUGUCCAUGUUCUUCAAGACCAAAACAACCUCUGCGCCCAAGGCUUCACCGGCUAGCUCAAGCUCGCCCCAAAAGAAGGGGAAGGAGGAGAGCGACUAUAGAAGGGUAUUCAGGCCAUUACCGACAAAGAAGCAUAUCCAGGUCGCCAAAGCAAAUCGAUGGGAUGAGCAAAAGAGAUCGAGAGAGGACAAGGCGGAGGAGGUCGAAGGAUGGUCAUCUAGAGACUUUAUCAACGAUCAUCUCAAGAGACACAAUCAUCAAUUCCGCAUUCCCCGCCGCAUCUUCCCCUCAGGCAUCAAGUCGGCCCCCAUAAAUGGCUCCAUCGCCGACGUUUGGGCCACCCUUCAAGAAGCCGAAGAACCCCGCGACGUCUUUGAACAGUUGAAAGAUAGGCGCCGCUUCCCUUGGAAGACUCUUGCGUUCGACCAACAGCCCAGACCGCCUUAUAGCGGGACGUUUACGAAAAAGUCGUUGCUCGUCGGACCAAGAACGCCGUUUGCCCAAGAUCCAGUCUUUGAUUACUCGAUCGACUCGGGAGAUGAGUGGGAGGAAGACGAAGGCGGAGAAGAUGUUGAUGACUUUGGCGGGGGCGGAGAAAAGGCAGAAGAGGAAGAUGAUGACGAGGAUGAGGAGGAGGGCGAGUUUGACGACUGGCUGGACGACUCUGAACAAGUGGAAUCUGAGCCACCUCCUCCAGAAGUUAUUGAUGUGGAUGACCCGAUGGGGUCUGUCAGCAAGCUGCCGGCCCCGGCAAAGGUGGCCAAGAAGAAGGAGCCGGUGAAACGAAUCGUCAAGCUUGUGCCGACUUGGAAGGGGCCUUUGUGGGAGACCAAGAUUGGUGAAAAGGGGACCGAGGGGUUGGAGUCAUAUCGUAUUCAGCUGCUGAACGACACUCCUGCACAAAUAGACCCCUUCACGUACAUCUCUCCCGCUCCCGCCCAAGAGUACAAAGCCGACUAUGGCAUCGCCGUCAUUGGGCCCAACUCGAAUGUCAAAUGCCUUCUUUCAGCCGAGCUCAUCCCUCAAAAACCACCACCCUCUGCACUACCCAAAGACGCUCCUCCAAAGCCUCGGGGCGUCGCCAAGUCCUCCUUCCCCACUGAGCUCUUGGCCGACCUAUACAAAAUCGUUGAAGGCGACACGAGGACUGCCAAGGAUCUGGUGCCCGCGCUGAGAGAGCAGUUCGGAAAGGCGGCGACAAAGGUGGCGAUUGAGGCAGAAUUGAAGGAGUCGGCGAUGAAGGGAAAAAAGGGAAAGGACAAAUGCUGGAGAGUAUACAAGGAGGCUUGGGUUGCUGCUGGGUUGACGCCGCCAGAGAAUGCUCCUUCGAAACCCGCCCCUCAACCUGCCACUGUCAAACUCACGUCCCCUUCAGCCCUUGUCGCCCAGCCAACCGCUCCCACUCAACCUCAGUCUCCCUUGGCCCCGCCCCCUCUCCCCCCGUCCGAAGUUCUGAAUGAACCCCCUACAACAACAGAAAGUCACGAACCCAUUGUGGUUGAUUCAUGAUGCGCCCCGCAGAUUGUGGGGUCUAGAAGACAUCUGUGUAGAAGUGUAGCUUGUCGGCGAGAUUGAAGACUGGUCGUCGAUGGAGAGGAAGACAAACAUCGGCAGUACAGGGGAACCAGCCAACCUUCAUCUUCCACAAAGUCUUGUGAACAUUGGUUGUACGAUCAUACGAUGCAUAUCAUUCUUCCA